AUGUUGAGAAAAACGAAUAAGUCCUCGUGGGGUGGCCGAGGCGGAAGAUCUGGAAAUUCAAAUGAUAAACAUUACUUUGGUCACGAUGACCGUGUACCAAGAAAUGAUGGAGGCUCUUAUCUUGGAAACAGACCUAGAGUGUCGUUUAAGACUCAAGCAAGACCAACAAGGGAUAUACCUAGAAGUUUGGCAUUAGCGUGCUUAGAUGAAGAUGUACAAAUGGCAACAAGUUCUAACAAUAACAAUAGGCAAGUUAUUAUCAGAGGAAGAGAUAGAGGUAUGCAACGUGGAAGAAAUAGUCCUUUGCCUCAUAGAAGGUUUAGAGGUGGAAUUGCUGCUGGAAUCAGACGAUAUCCUGUUGGUGAUCCCAACUGGUAUAAAAUUGCUAUACCGUAUGGACAGAAAUAUGAAAAAAGUUAUAUAAUAAAUAAUCUCCUCAGUUAUAUUGCACCAGAAACAUUUGUUCCAAUAAUGUAUAAAAUAACUGGAAACGAAGCCAGUUUCUAUGUAGAUGAUAGCAAAAUAGCAAUUGCCCUACUCGAUUCUGAUCGUAAGAUUACAACUACUAAUGGAUACAAACUGCAAGUGAAGGUUUUGAAAUCAUUAUUUCCUGACUGUGAAAUAGAUGAUAAACUGAAAGAGAGACUAAAACAAGCAAUGGCUAAAAGAUAUGUACACGAAACAAAUGCAUUAGAUCUAUCAAGAUUUCAUAGAGACCCUGAUCUCAUCACUGAUUACUUCUGUGCACUGUUUCAACCCGUGAUGUUAAAAGCAGUACUGGAUAUUGUUUCAGAACAUAUACCAGAUUUGGAAGCACUGAAUCUGGAUGGAAAUCAAUUACAGAUAAUUGAAAAAUUAAGUAUUUUAAACAAGAAGUUCGCGAAAUUAAAGAUACUGUACAUCGGGGAUAACAAGAUAAAAGAAAUGAGUCAACUAGAUAUCAUCAAAGAUUUAAAAUUAGAGGAGCUGAAAUUAGCAGGAAAUCCGGUUUGCAACAAGUAUAAGUCUCGACAAAGUGACUACAUUAGCGACGUGCGGAAACGAUUCCCUAAACUUCUACGGCUGGAUGGAAUGGAACUUCCAAAGCCAAUCUUGUUCGAUGUAGCGGACGAGGGAAACAAAAUACCACCAUCGCAAAGAAUGUUCGUUGCAAAUGCAAAAGCACAAGAAAUUGCUAGUCAAUUUUUACAACAAUACUUUCUCAUAUUCGAUAGUGAGAAUCGUCAGCCACUGUUAGAUGCGUAUGACGAACACGCAUGCUUCAGUAUGACUGUAUCUUACAGUCAUCAAAAUAAUAAAUUUAAUGGAUAUCUUUCGGAAAACAGAAAUUUAUAUAGAAUAAACGAGACAAAUAAGAGGCAGAAGUUGUUGAAACAAGGACGAUUACCCGUGGUUUCAUUUAUUUCCGAAAUGCCUCAAACAAGUCACUAUUUAAAUACAUUCACAAUGGAUAUUAGUCUUAUCACGGAUGGGAUGAUGUUGAUCACAGUCACAGGAUUAUUCAAAGAGCUCGAUAAGAAAGAGCAACCAGUUCGUUACUUCAAUCGCACAUUUAUAAUAGUACCAGAGGGGACUGGUUACUGUAUUCGAAAUGAACAAUUACAUAUCAGUCCUCCGACAGAUGCACAAUUAAAAAAUCUCAACAAUCAACGGGAAGUACAAAUACCAGGACCGGUGGUACCGCACACCGCUCCCUCUAGCAGCGGUGUGGUGAAACCAUUGCCAUCACAAUUACCCGAAGACGUGAAACAACAAAUGACAAUGACGCUUAGCCAGCAAACGAACAUGAAUUUGGAGUGGAGUUUGAAAUGCUUGGAGGAAGUACUAUGGAAUUAUGACAAUGCACUCUCCGCGUUUCAAGAGUUCUUCAAACGAGGACAGAUACCACCUGAAGCAUUUAACAAAUAAAUGUUACAUUGUACCGGGAGAUAAAGUAAGAUUUAAAACAAUUUUAAUUUAUAUCACUUUCUUUUCUUGUUGCAUGUAUCAUUGUAAUACAUAGUAUAUUUUUACAUCAUAAUCUGAAUAAGAACAGGUAUUGGGUAUGAUUUUCUAAUGCUCAGUUUUCUUUUUCUCAACUUUCGAAGUCACUAAUUAAUACCUUAUACAUAUAUUCUGUUUAUUCUUCUCUUUGUUCUUUCAUAAUUACCCAAAACCGGUACAUCCUGUGUAGAUCGUACAAAAAGAAGUUUCACAGAGUAAAAUUCCUUUAACAGCAAGCUUCUUUUUGUAUCGAUUAUACAUAUUAUACAUAUAAAUUAAAUAUAAUAAAAUAGUUAUGAAUGAUUAAUUUUUAACCAUUCUUUUUACAAGCUUUUAUUCAGAUUAUGAUGCGUAUAACAAAUGAGAUUGGGAUUUAGGGUUAACUUCUAGGUUUAACAAAUUUCAAGAGUAAAUAAUACUAGCGCGAUUUGAUUAAUUUUUACUUCUAUUUCUUAUGCAUAUACAUAUAUGAAACUAUCGUGCUAGAUGCCUUAUUCUCGAUAUAAGAUCUCGUAUCCUGGAACAUACGUAUUCGAAUUUUCUAUUAUUAUUUCUAACUAUUCGUUUAAGUACUUUUCUUCGAUAGUAUCAAAAGUGUGAAAAUCAAAUGCGUUCGAUCGAAACACGAUUAAUAUUUAGAUUCCAUACGCUACCGGUUAAAUUCUCUUUCAUAUAUACAUCAUAAUGGUGUUUAUUUUAUAUGAUCUAAAUACACUUCAUACACAAUACAUUGAUUUUGCUGUAAAAUUUAUGCAACAAUGAUGUCUUCUUAAUAGAUAAUUCUACAUCAUUGAACGAUUGUGUCCUAUAUCAGUGUAAAUUAUAAUUUUAUUACCUGUAGUAAAAUAAGCAUCAUUAUGUAGUUCGUACAACUUGGUUUAUACUAAACUUUGUAAAAAUCAAAAAAAGCGAAAGAACAUUCAUGUUCUUAAAAAGUUCAUACUCGUCUUCUCUUUAAUUAGCUGGUUGAUCGUAAAAUAUUGAAGGCAUACCACAUAAUUUUUUAACGUUACAUAAAUAUAUAAAAAGUCUAUUAUAAAGUAAAUUCUUUAAGGUUUAAAGUAUCACAAUUGGUAAGAGACGAUUAAUUUUCAACAAAAAUGAAAGAAAAAAAAAACCCCAAAAAGAAAAAGAAAGAAAAAAAAAAGAGGAAAGUAACAAAAUUUUACAAAACAUCAACCAGCUUGUUUUAUAUAUUAUGAUAAUUGAAUAUGUUGACUUUCUACAUCGAAGAGUUAUUAUCAUCAUCUGUAUACGUAAAUGUACUGUUACUCGUGAUCAUUUUCAUACCGUUUGUAAAUCCAAAGAUUAGAUAGAGUAUGUGAACAUAAAUUAUUUAUUGGUAUAUUCUCAAGUAACACGCGUACAAUAAAAGAAUAACCUCAGAUGUGAUUCACAUGUAACGUGAAAAAAAGAAAAUCAUUUACCACUACACGGAAGCCAUUUGGAUGUGUUUACUUUUGGAGACGGUCAACUUGCUAUAGUCACCUUAUGAGGAGAAGAAUACAAUGAGAUUAAUGGAAGACGACAGUCCU